UCAGCACUUAAUUUUUACGGCUGAAUGGACGUCAGUCAUUGGUUGAAAUUACAGAAAUACGACAACUUUAACAUGAAAUAACUUGCGAUGUACGUUUUUUUGUUAAGAAGACUAAGAGAAAAAGAUGUUUUAUAUGACACAUUCUACCAAUAUCCCAAGUUUCAAAGUGUUUCGUUAAGAAAACACUGGUUCCCCCGUUUUGAACAAGAUCCGAGAAAAGGGACAAUAACCUCUGUAAAUUCAAGGAACAAUGUGUCCGUAGAUGGCAUGUCACAUCAUGUUUUGUAUGUGCGCAGGAUCAUCAAUGCGUCGGAGGAUGGCGCCAACAGUAAUGGACAAGAGGACGAAGCCAGGGAACGAGGCAAGUGAUGAAGUCUCACAACAGUCGCAGAGGUGCCCUCCUCACUGGUUGUCUAAUUACGAGACAGGUUAUUGUGUGUGGUCAGGGUUGAGGAGAGGGGCUGGGUAGGUUGGUUGAAUGGUCUUCAGAUCAGGUUGUGUUAGAGGGAGCGACCGGAAGUGAAGGAAUACGCUGGUCCUGUCGUAAGUGGGGCCUGCAGGUCUCACCGGAAAGACUGCAAUGGGCAUGUGGGUUUGACGAGGCGCGAGCGGGCAGUUGGCAGUGAACAGCGUACGAGAGUAGACCUGUUAGAAGGUACGGCAGCAGACAGCACGUGGACGCUGUGGAUGAUCAUUUCCACAUAAGCAGGCGGUAUGGCGGUAGGCAAGGCACGUAGAAGUUGUUAGCGAUCCCUUCCAGAUAGACAGAUGUUGGAGAUUAGAUGAUCCGAUAAUCGCAUUGGCACCAAAGAAUUUUAUACAGCAGAUACAUCCUCAAUAAUUCUUACUUUAAGGCUCAAGGAAAAUUUUAAACAGAACAGAUGUGACAUUCCGUAUAUAAAUCUAUGGCAAAUUACAGGGAAAUAUUUUAUUUUUUUCUGAACAGAUUCACAACAAUAAUUCUUUUGUUGACUGUCUGGAAUGUGGAAAAGAUGACUUUACAUUUGAAUUAAAUUUGGACAAAGUUAAAAAGGAGUUUGUACAUCAAUGUACAUAUUGCUAAGGACCACAGUAGAAGAAAUAUUUAACAGGAAUAAACUAUAGAAAUCUAAAUAAGAUUAACACCUCAGUAGAGCACAAGAAAAGAAAAACAAUGGAAGAUGAAUAGUGUGAAUAAGUUUAAAUAUAAAACAGUAUCAAAAAAGAAAAGGAAAACGUCACACCAGUGUGAUAUUUGUAGGAAAUUAUUCUCUAACAAUCCUACAUUAAUAACACACAAAUGCACUCAUACAGGAGAAAAACCAUAUCGUUGUGAUGUCUGUGGUAGAUCGUUCUCUCAAAACCAACAACUAAUUAAACACAGCCGCAAGCAUACAGGUAAGAAACCAUAUCAUUGUGAUACCUGUGGUAAAUCAUUCUCUCAAAAACAACAACUAAAUAAGCACAGCCGCAAGCAUACAGGUGAGAAACCAUAUCAUUGUGAUACCUGUGGUAAAUCAUUCUCUCAAAAUCAACAACUAAUUAAACACAACCGCAAGCAUACAGGUGAGAAACCAUAUCAUUGUGAUACCUGUGAUAAAUCGUUCUCUCAAAAAAAACUUCUAAUUAUACACAACCGCAAGCAUACAGGUAAGAAACCAUACCAUUGUGAUACCUGUGAUAAAUCGUUCUCUCAAAAACAACAACUAAAUAAGCACAGCCGCAAGCAUACAGGUGAGAAACCAUAUCAUUGUGAUACCUGUGAUAAAUCGUUCUCUCAAAAACAGCAACUAAUUAAACACAACCGCAAGCAUACAGGUGAGAAACCAUAUCAUUACAGCCGCAAGCAUACAGGUAAGAAACCAUAUCAUUGUGAUACCUGUGGUAAAUCAUUCUCUCAAAAACAACAACUAAAUAAGCACAGCCGCAAGCAUACAGGUGAGAAACCAUAUCAUUGUGAUACCUGUGAUAAAUCGUUCUCUCAAAAACAGCAACUAAUUAAACACAACCGCAAGCAUACAGGUGAGAAACCAUAUCAUUGUGAGAUCUGUGAUAAAUCAUUCUCUCGAAAUCUACAGCUAAAGAAACACCAGCAUAAGCAUAAAGUUGAGAAACCAUUUGAUUGUGAUACCUGUGGUAAAUCAUUCUCUGGAAAUCAACAACUAAUUCAACAUAAGCAAAUUCAUACAGAAGGGAAACUGUAUUUUUGUAGUGUCUGUGGUGAAGUGUUCUCUGGAAUUCAAAAACUAAUUCAACACAGUGAAACUCACACAGGAAAGAAACUAUAUUAUUGCAAUAUCUGUGGUGAAUCAUUCUCUCGAAAACAACGACAAAUUGAACACAGAGAAGGUCAUACAGUAGAGAAACCAUGUCAUUGUGAUAUCUGUGGUAAAUCAUUCUCUAGUAAUGAAAGUCUAAUUAAACACAUAGAAAGACUUGCAGGAGUGAAACCAUAUCAUUGUGAUAUCUGUGGUAAAUCAUUCGCUAAAAAUCAAAAACUAAUUCAACACAAACAAACUCAUACAGGAGAGAGACUGUAUAGUUGUGGUUUCUGUGGUGAAUUCUUCUCUCAAAAACAACAAAGAAAUCAACACAGAAAAAUUCAUGCAGGAGAGAAUCUAUAUGAUUGUGGUAUUUGUGGUAAAUCAUUUUCUCAAAAACAACAUCUAAUUCAACACAGACAAUGUCAUAUGGACGUGAAUCCAUAUCACUGUUAUAUCUGUGGUAGCUCCUUCCCUAAAAAUGAACAACUAAUUAAACACCACAGGAAGCAUACUGGAGGGAAACAAGAAAAUUGUGAUAUAUAGUAAAUCAUUAUCUUGAAAUUAAUAACUAAUUAAGCACAUCCUUAUUCAUACAUGGAACAAAGCAUAUUAUUGAUAUCUGUGGUAACACAUUCUCUCAAAAUUAACAACUGUAUUCAUACUGGUGGGAGACUAUGCCUAUAUCAUUGUGAUAUCUAUGUUAAGUCAUUCUCUGGAAGUGGUAACUUAACUUCACAGAAACGUAUCCAUACAGAGAAACCAUAUCACUGUAUGUUGUAAAUCAUUCUCUGAGAGCACUAAGUUAGCUAGACAUGAACUUAUUCAUACAGGUGAGAAAUCACAUCACUGAGAUUGAUGGCAAAUCAUUUCCUCAAUGUCAACACCUAACUGUUCAUUAACAUAUUCAUGCUGGAGAGAAGCCAUAUUAGUGGCAAAUUAUUCUCUCAAAAUAUUUACUUUAAAAAACGUGUAUGCACUCAUAUACUACAGUAACUGUAUCAAUAUAAAGAUUAAAGUUAAUGAUAGUUUCAAUAAAUGAUGAAUUUAUGUUGUAUGGUGUUUAAUAUAACUUUA